ACCGCGGCUUUGCCAGCCUCGGGAGUCGGAGUGGGUCGUCCAAGCAGGGGCAAACGGCGGCGAGGGGAGAGGCAGGAGCGCGGCCGGCUGGUUGGCUUUAACUGCCCGCAAGCACCUGCUGCCCGGCUCCGCAUCAGGCCUUCCAGGCGGCGUCUCCGAGGCGGCCCCGGAGCCCUCCCCGCUCCAGCCGCGGUUUCUGCGGGCUAACGAGGAUCUCGUCCCUCGAGUGCCGCCGAUCCCCUGCCGAGAUGCCCGCGGACCGGCCUUUCAAGCAGCGGCGGAGCUUCUCUGAUCGUUGUAAAGAGGUACAUCAGAUCCGAGAACAGCAUCCAAACAAAAUUCCCGUCAUUAUUGAAAGAUACAAGGGAGAGAAGCAACUGCCUGUGCUGGAUAAGACCAAAUUUCUAGUCCCUGACCAUGUCAAUAUGAGUGAAUUGGUAAAAAUAAUCCGGCGCCGGCUGCAGCUAAAUCCAACCCAGGCCUUCUUCCUGUUGGUGAACCAGCACAGCAUGGUGAGCGUUUCCACCCCCAUCUCUGAGAUCUAUGAGCAAGAGAAGGAUGAAGAUGGCUUCCUCUACAUGGUCUAUGCCUCACAGGAGACCUUUGGCUACUGAGCAUAUAUCACCACCAGAAGACUGAUUCCAGACUGUCGCAUCAACAUCCCUGCCUCCCUACCACUCCCCACCUUGGCAAACCAGUGCAGAAGAGGGGUUUGUGGCCCAGGAACAGCUCAGUAGCAGGCUGUGCUCCUCCAACUUUGCAGUGCAACAGACCAAGAUGUGUGUGUGUGUGUGUGUGUGUGUGAGAGAGAGAGAGAGUGUGUGACUGAGUGUGUGAGACCCAUGAGUUCCUAUUUUUUCCUUGCCAUUGUCUCUGCCUCUUCUGUGCGGCACUCUUUGCUCCCUCCUGCCUCCUGUGCUCUGUCUCUUUCUCUCUCUCGUCAUUGUGUUCUUAGUAAAAUGCCAAAAUAGUGGAGGUGGUGGCAAGCAGAGGAAGAAAGGAAACGGUUUCCUUGCCUGCUGGGGCAAGAGCUGGGCUUAUCCACUGAUCUUCUGUUUAAGGGACAGGAAGUCUGAUGACAAAAACAAAACAGUAAAUAUCAUUGCUUUUGCAUUUUUCAUUGAUUUUAAUUACUUGCAUAUCAAUUCUUGGUGCUACAGAGUAGAUGUAGGCAUCUUCUACAGGACUGUGUAUAAUGUAUUAUCUUUUAGAUUUAUUUUGUUAUUUUUAAGCACAAUGGGGGAUAUAAUUUGCUUGUAUUAUGUAGGUUUAAAAAACAAACCCAAGCUUCUUUGCACUUUAAAAUGUAGUAGAGGUGAGAAUGAGAAUGGAAUUAGCUUAGAUUUCACAGAAGUGUUGUACCCUGUGUUGCUUCUUUGUCAAAAUUUGUACUACUUUUUUUAAGCCAGCCUCUCUUCCUUUCUUGCAUGCAUGAUUUUUUCCCUUUUAAAUUUUAGUCCCAUUGUGACAAACAGACCAUUCACUCAAGGAAUGUACUGAUUUAUAUCACUACUUUUUCUUUUCCUUUUUUUAAAUUUAUGAUACCAAAAAGUGUGUAUGACAAGGAAAAAAAAUCCACCCAGUCAAAUCUAUACAAAUAAUCUAUAUAAAUAAAAAUAAAUUAAACUUG